AAAUUGUUCAGACUGAGUCUCGUUGCUCGGUCUGAGCAUCUGCAGUGUACCGUGCCGGCUCGCGCUGUUCCUUUUCCCGACACGAAUGCAGGUGUAGAGACAUCUGCAUCUGUCAGUAGAUGCUGCUUUUGAAUAGACCUGAAGAACUGUAAACCACUUGUGAAACUCUUGCCUUGAUUAGCAGGGGAGGAGCGAGGAAGAAGACUUGCCAGACAAGAUCCAAAAGCAGUGCGACCUUCGCUUUUCUAAUAAGGUGAUUCUGAAACUGUGUAGACAGCUCCUACCCUGAGCUCCUGAGCUGCUUGUUGCAGGAGUUUGAAGAUGCAGCAAGACUGACAGUGAGGACAGAAGGAUCUCCCCUAAAGAAGUGCAGAGUCUGAGCUCCUGGCCAUGUCUAUCACAGAUCACAGCCCCUCCACGGGCGUGGUGACUGUGAUCGUGAUCCUGAUCGCCAUCGCGGCGCUGGGGGCCCUGAUCCUGGGCUGCUGGUGCUACCUCAGGCUGCAGAAACUCAGCCAGUCUGAGGAUGAGGAAAGCAUUGUGGGCGAAGGAGAAACCAAAGAGCCCUUCCUGCUGGUGCAGUACUCUGCUAAAGGACCCUGUGUGGAGAGGAAAGCUAAGCUGACUCCCAACGGCACCGAAGUUCACAGCUAACCUGGAGCAACACGUGUCGAUGGACUGACGUGUGUAACCAGCACAAGAAUCUAUACUGUGAAGAACCUGGUCACGUGCACACCACUCAUCAGAAAACACCCUGAUGAGAACUAAAUAAGCUUUGUUUGCAACUGCAUGCACUGAAAAGUUGCACUUUGCAUCAACUGUGUAUCCUAAUUCCUCUGUGACAGGAGCUGACUCGCCUGGCAUAACGUCCAUUGCCGGCAAUGGGCACAGGGAUAUACUGGUGUGAAGAGACUACUACCAGUUUUUUUUACUUGAAUGUUUAGCUGAGCCUAUUUUGAUGGAGCCACUACUGUAAUGUGAACUACUUUACAAUUGUGAACUGUAAAUAGGCCACCAGAAACUUUUGCUUUGUGUUCUGUAGCAUAUGGGAAUAAUAUGAUGCAACUGUAUAUAAUACACAAGGGGUCUCCUGAACCACAACCAUGGAUGGGAUCCCAAACCUUCAAAACCAAAUGUGCAGUUAUACCUUGCUUCUGCUACUGGAUUGAGUGCACAGCUGUAAAGUCAGAAGUCCUACUUUUAACAGUUUAUUGGACUGGUGCAGAGUAUUUACUUUGAAAAGGGAUAAGCCUUCAGUAAUAUGCUGAGGGAGGAAACAGGAGCUACAAGGAAGGGAUUUCCUUUAGCUGCAGCUAUCUAGGUUAAGUUUUGGCUGCUAGAACUGAGUUCUCUAUGUAGCCUACUGCAAAGAAACUGCCAUGCUAAUGGAUUCCCACCUGGGAACGAAUGAUGGAUACUGAAUCCUCAGGGAUGGUCCAGAAGGUUUCCAGGAGUCUGAAAUGGCAGUAGAGCAGGCUUUUCUCUUCUGUAGUCUGUGUGCUGAAACUGCAGAAGUGGUUCCUUAUCAAAAUGGGCUUAAGUGCAACUAGUAUGAAUUUUUCCUAGAACCCUGGUUUGUGUACUUAGCAGGUAGGAUGUAUGUUAACAGCCUGUUAUAAAAAGGCAUUUUAAUCCACAAACAGUCACCUAUAGAAUUCAGUUAAUGUAUCUUGUAGAUAACUCCCUGGAUUUAACUGUACUUCACAAGAGAAGCUUCAGUCUUUCCUACUCUUGGUAAUAGGGGCAAGGGAGACUGCUGGUCAGUUUGUAGAAGUUUUUAGCUACCAAGGGCCCAGUCCUUCCAGAUGAGAACAUACAUUUCCUGCUCUGUGCUAGAGUUCAGCUACAGUACUGUAAAAAUGUGUUAAAUGGGACAUUCUGGACCUCAAAGGUUUGGGGGGAGGACGGGGGA